GGCUCUCUGAAAUGCUCCACGAGCAUAAGCGAUUUGGCCUCCAUUGGCUCCUUAACAGGAGAACAAAGACUACUCUCAGUUGAGGUAGAUGGAUUGCGAAUCGUGGCUCUUUCAAUCCACCAUAGGCCAAGAACGACUGUUAUCGAAUGCUUCGGCUCCACAGAGGUCUGCGGCUGCGUAGCUCAUAAUAUGUUGAGCGAUUCGAGUUGCGAAGUCGUUGGACCUCCAGUUGUCUGCUGCAAGAUCAAGUUAGUCGACGUACCGGAUAUGGACAUAAUCUACAAGCGGGAUAACAAAGGAGAGAUUUGCGUGAAGGGCCCCAUAUGCACUUUGGGGUAUUUCAAAGAACCGGAAAAGACAGCAGAGCUAAUAGAUGAAGAUGGCUGGCUCCACAUGGGGGACAUUGCAAUCUGGACACCGACCGAUACUAAAUUUGCAUAUGAUGAAUUGAUCUAUAGUUCUAAAUUACCCUCUGCCUGGCAGAAGGUCGUUCCAGCCGCCGGGCUGGACCAUAGUUUCGGUCUCAUCAGCAGUAUCAGAAAUGUUGAUGUAUGGUUUAAGAAAACUAAGUUACCAUCUAAGCCACAUGCCCAUUUUGUUGCACAAAAAUAA